UCUCGCGAGGUUUGCCGUCCGCCCGGCCUGCACUGCGGUGUUUCCCGCGCGGGCUAUCCCAGUUCGCGGGCGUACGGCGCGGCCUUUCCUACCGCUGCCGGCGCCGCCACGGUCAUGGGUUUCCUGAAGCUGAUUGAGAUCGAGAACUUUAAGUCGUACAAGGGUCGACAGAUUAUCGGACCAUUUCAGAGGUUCACCGCCAUCAUUGGACCCAAUGGCUCUGGUAAGUCAAAUCUCAUGGAUGCCAUCAGCUUCGUGUUGGGUGAGAAAACCAGCAACCUACGGGUAAAGACCCUGAGAGACCUGAUCCAUGGAGCUCCUGUGGGCAAGCCAGCUGCCAACCGGGCCUUUGUCAGCAUGGUCUACUCUGAGGAGGGUGCUGAGGACCGUACCUUUGCCCGCGUCAUUGUUGGGGGUUCCUCUGAGUACAAGAUCAACAACAAAGUGGUCCAGCUACAUGAGUACAGUGAAGAAUUAGAGAAGUUGGGCAUUCUUAUCAAAGCUCGUAACUUCCUCGUCUUCCAGGGUGCUGUGGAAUCUAUUGCCAUGAAGAACCCCAAAGAGAGGACAGCUCUUUUCGAAGAGAUCAGUCGCUCUGGGGAGCUGGCCCAGGAAUAUGACAAGCGAAAGAAGGAGAUGGUAAAAGCUGAAGAGGACACACAGUUUAACUACCAUCGAAAAAAAAAUAUUGCAGCUGAACGCAAGGAGGCCAAACAGGAAAAAGAAGAGGCUGACCGCUACCAGCGCCUGAAGGAUGAGGUGGUACGAGCUCAGGUACAGUUGCAACUUUUCAAACUUUAUCAUAAUGAAGUGGAAAUCGAGAAGCUCAACAAGGAACUGGCCUCUAAGAACAAGGAGAUUGAGAAGGAUAAGAAGCGGAUGGACAAGGUAGAAGAUGAGCUGAAGGAGAAGAAGAAGGAGCUGGGCAAAAUGAUGCGGGAGCAGCAGCAGAUUGAGAAGGAGAUCAAGGAGAAGGACUCAGAGCUGAACCAGAAGCGGCCUCAGUACAUCAAAGCCAAGGAGAAUACCUCUCACAAAAUCAAGAAGCUAGAAGCAGCCAAGAAGUCCCUACAGAAUGCUCAAAAGCAUUACAAGAAACGUAAAGGUGAUAUGGAUGAGCUGGAAAAGGAGAUGCUGUCAGUGGAGAAAGCUCGGCAGGAGUUUGAGGAACGGAUGGAAGAGGAGAGUCAGAGUCAGGGCAGAGAUUUGACCCUGGAGGAAAAUCAGGUGAAGAAAUAUCACCGGUUGAAAGAAGAAGCCAGCAAGAGAGCAGCUACCCUGGCCCAGGAGCUGGAGAAGUUCAAUCGAGACCAAAAGGCUGAUCAGGACCGGCUGGAUCUGGAAGAGCGGAAGAAAGUAGAGACAGAGGCCAAGAUCAAGCAAAAGCUGCGAGAGAUUGAAGAGAAUCAGAAGCGGAUUGAGAAGCUGGAGGAAUACAUCACAACUAGCAAGCAGUCCCUAGAGGAGCAGAAGAAGUUAGAGGGGGAGCUGACAGAGGAGGUGGAGAUGGCCAAGCGGCGUAUUGAUGAGAUCAAUAAGGAGCUGAACCAGGUGAUGGAGCAGCUGGGGGAUGCCCGCAUUGACCGCCAGGAGAGCAGCCGUCAGCAGCGAAAGGCAGAAAUUAUGGAAAGCAUCAAGCGCCUGUACCCUGGCUCUGUGUAUGGCCGCCUCAUUGACCUCUGCCAGCCCACACAAAAGAAGUAUCAGAUUGCUGUAACCAAGGUUUUAGGCAAGAACAUGGAUGCCAUUAUCGUGGACUCAGAGAAGACGGGCCGGGACUGUAUUCAGUAUAUUAAGGAACAGCGUGGGGAGCCUGAGACCUUCUUGCCUCUUGAUUACCUGGAGGUGAAACCUACAGAUGAGAAACUCCGGGAGCUGAAGGGGGCCAAGCUGGUGAUUGAUGUGAUUCGCUAUGAGCCACCUCACAUCAAAAAGGCCCUGCAGUAUGCUUGUGGCAAUGCCCUUGUCUGUGACAACGUGGAGGAUGCCCGCCGCAUUGCCUUUGGAGGCCACCAGCGCCACAAGACAGUGGCACUAGAUGGGACCCUGUUCCAGAAGUCAGGGGUGAUCUCUGGUGGGGCCAGUGAUCUGAAGGCCAAGGCCCGGCGCUGGGAUGAGAAAGCAGUAGACAAGUUGAAAGAAAAGAAAGAGCGGUUGACAGAAGAGCUGAAGGAACAGAUGAAGGCAAAGCGGAAAGAAGCAGAACUACGUCAGGUGCAGUCUCAGGCCCACGGACUACAGAUGCGGCUUAAGUACUCACAGAGUGACCUAGAACAGACCAAGACACGACAUCUAGCCCUGAAUCUACAGGAAAAGUCCAAGCUAGAGAGUGAGCUAGCCAACUUUGGGCCUCGCAUCAAUGACAUCAAGAGGAUCAUCCAGAGCCGAGAAAGGGAAAUGAAAGACUUAAAGGAGAAGAUGAACCAGGUAGAAGAUGAGGUUUUUGAAGAGUUUUGUCGGGAGAUUGGUGUGCGCAAUAUCCGCGAGUUUGAGGAAGAGAAGGUGAAACGGCAGAAUGAAAUUGCCAAGAAGCGUUUGGAAUUUGAGAAUCAGAAGACUCGCUUGGGCAUCCAGUUGGAUUUUGAGAAGAACCAACUGAAGGAGGAUCAGGAUAAAGUACAUAUGUGGGAGCAGACAGUGAAAAAAGAUGAAAAUGAGAUAGAAAAGCUCAAGAAGGAGGAGCAAAGACACAUGAAGAUUAUAGAUGAGACCAUGGCCCAGCUGCAAGACCUGAAGAAUCAGCACCUGGCCAAGAAGUCAGAGGUGAAUGACAAGAACCACGAGAUGGAGGAGAUUCGUAAAAAACUAGGGGGCGCCAACAAGGAAAUGACCCAUUUACAGAAGGAAGUGACAGCCAUUGAGACCAAGCUUGAACAGAAGCGCAGUGACCGCCACAACCUGCUACAGGCCUGCAAGAUGCAGGACAUCAAGUUGCCACUGUCUAAAGGCACCAUGGACGAUAUUAGUCAGGAGGAAGGUAGCUCCCAGGGGGAGGAUUCAGUGAGUGGCUCCCAACGAACUUCCAAUAUCUACGCGCGAGAGGCCCUCAUCGAGAUUGACUAUGGUGACCUGUGUGAGGAUCUGAAGGAUGCCCAGGCUGAAGAGGAGAUCAAGCAGGAGAUGAACACACUGCAGCAGAAGCUGAAUGAGCAGCAGAGUGUGCUCCAGCGUAUUGCUGCCCCCAACAUGAAGGCCAUGGAAAAACUGGAAAGUGUCCGAGACAAGUUCCAGGAGACCUCAGAUGAGUUUGAGGCAGCCCGAAAGCGAGCCAAGAAGGCCAAGCAGGCAUUCGAACAGAUAAAGAAGGAGCGCUUUGACCGCUUCAAUGCUUGUUUUGAAUCUGUGGCCACCAACAUUGAUGAGAUCUACAAGGCCCUGUCCCGUAACAGCAGUGCCCAGGCAUUCCUGGGCCCUGAGAACCCCGAGGAGCCCUACUUGGAUGGCAUCAACUACAACUGUGUGGCUCCUGGCAAACGCUUCCGGCCUAUGGACAACUUGUCAGGCGGGGAGAAAACAGUGGCAGCUCUGGCCCUGCUCUUUGCCAUCCACAGCUACAAGCCAGCCCCCUUCUUCGUCCUGGAUGAGAUCGAUGCUGCUCUGGAUAACACCAACAUUGGCAAGGUGGCAAAUUACAUCAAGGAGCAGUCGACAUGCAACUUCCAGGCCAUCGUCAUUUCUCUCAAGGAGGAGUUCUACACCAAGGCUGAGAGCCUCAUUGGCGUCUACCCCGAGCAAGGGGACUGUGUGAUCAGCAAAGUCCUGACCUUCGACCUCACCAAGUACCCAGAUGCCAACCCCAACCCCAAUGAGCAGUAGCAGUAGUUCUGCCCUCCUGCCCUGUCUGGAUCCCUAAGCUGCCCCUCUCCCAAUCUCUGGAUAUUUGGCUCCCAACCUUCCCCUACCUCCUGUCCCUGUUUGGUAUAUAUCAUGGGAUUUAGGCACUGCUAUCAAGCACGAAGAGGAACAGAGGUGAUGUUAGUUCUGGAGCAAAAAUUCCUGAGCUUCAGGGAGCAUCCUGGCCUCUGAAAGGAGGUGCUGAGCUGAGCUGAACUGAGCUGAACAGGGCCAUCUCUCCAUCCCUCCUCCUCCCAUCCCACACCUUCCCCCAUCACCCAUAAUCAUGGGUCCUGUGGGAUGCCUUUCAUUUUGCUUGUGUGUGGGUAUGUAUGUGUGUGUAUAUGUGUCUGCAUGUGCGCAUGUGGGUGUGUUUGCAAAAUAAUAAAGAUAUUGGAGACCCAUUUUAGAAGGAGCCUAGGCUGAAUUUGAUUCCAAGAGAGCUUAGUAUGACAGCACCCCGGAGCUGGGCAAAGGUAUUCCGGACCUCAUAGGAUUCAGGCAGUUAUAUGAAACCGCCCUCAUUCAUUCAUUCAUGUUUUCAUUCAUUUGUGUGUUUAUCAAACAUGUACUGAACAUCCUCUAUUUGUCAGUCUCUAAGCUAGGAAUACAGAACUGAAUGAGACAUGAUCUCUACCCUCCUACUAAGGAGAUGCUAGUCAGUUCAUGAGUUCCUGUAGUUAGCUGAAUCAUGUAUAGGUUCUUUGAAUUUGAAAAGAGGACGAUCACCUCCAGGCUUCCUGGAGGUCACAUUUGAGCUGGACCUUGACAAAUUGGUAGGAUUUGGUUGGGUAAUAGGAGCAGAGCCUCGGCUCUGGGGGCAGUUCUAGUCCCAUUUUUUUUAUCACUUACUAGUUUGAUGCUGGGCAAGUCAUUGGACCUUUCUGUGCCUCAGUUUCCUCAUCUGUAAAAUGGGGCUAACAGUGUUUACCUACCUCAUAGGAUUUAAUGAUGUCAAUCUCCUCACUGGAGGCCUUAUCCCUGCUUGGAGCCCACGAGGUGCCAACCCCUCAGAACUAUAAGCCUUGUCAUGCCUAACCUCUGAGGGCUUCUUAUCCCACUUGUUAGGGAUAGAAGGAGCCUCGAAAUUGGGGAAAUUCUGAAUGCCCUGGUUAUUGGGAAAGUUCCAGGGCACUGAUGGGGUUUAACCUGGUUAAAUGGAGGGCCUAAGGAACCCUGUAGCUUCAAUCAUGUAUGAUAACUCAGUGCCUAGGCCCCAACCUGGGUUAUGAAGAAGUAGGGGAGAGGUAGCCUGGGCCACAUCCCAGCCGAAUGCGUGUUAUGUUCCUUUUGUGAACUAACCGCAUUAGUUGUAGGGACUGUGCAGAGGCAGCGCAGUCUGCUGCCAUGAGGUCAGUCUUUGUUUGUUCACAUACACCGUCAGACCAUCACCUUGUCCUGAUCUGUAUACUACAUUUUUGUUUUUUUCAAGUUAAGUCAGUUCUAAUUACCCAAGUAAUGUACGAAUCCAUUUUCUUUUUAAGAAAUUAAAUUGUUACAAAUAAGUAUAGCUUCACUUGGCUACCAUUCCCCCUCCCCCUCUUAAUUACUGUCAUGUCUGUUGUACAUCCAUCUCAACUUUAGGACUUUUACAUAUGAGUUCAUUGAAAGCAUUGUGUUCAAUGCAGAUGGUAUAUUGAAUCAUUCUGCAGUUUGCUUUCUUUGCUUAGCAAUGUUUUAGAGAGAUCUAUGCAUGUUGCUAAAUGUAGAUAUACUUCAUCCUUUGUAAUUGUUACAUAGAUUGUCAUGAUGUGACUCUGCCUUAUUUUAUUUACCCAUUUCUCUUAUGAUGGAUAAUAAGACUGUUUUCUGUUUUUGCUGUUAUAGGAUACUACACAGCAUCGUGUGUGUGUGUGUGUGUGUGUGCAUGCGCAUGUGUGAAUGAGAGAAAAUUUACCUAGGGUUGAUUCCUUGAAGUUGAAUUGAAGAGUCAUAGGCUAUUUAUAUUUUUGUUUUUAAUAGAUACUUCCAAAUUGCCCUCCUGUACUAUUUACUCAAUAUUUUUCUUGAGGUUGUCUUAGCUCUAAUAUUGUCAUCUACUUCAGUUUCAUCCUAAGUAGUAAUAACCGUGAAACCAUGGGUUUGAUGUGCUAAGUAUGUAUUUUUCUAAUACAUAUUAAAAGGCAUAACUAUCAAAACAAAAUAAAUUUGUCUUUGUUCAACCAAAGAAGUCACAUACCAUUAGUGGUAUGUGUGCCGUAAUUUGGGAAAUACUGGCAUAUGUGGAAAAGCACAAUUUGGGAGUCACCCUGGUUCAAAUCCUAGCUGUAGAAACUUGAGCCCGUUACCUCACCUCCCUGAGCCUCCCUUUCCUCACGUAGGAAAGGAGAUAACAUACACCUACCUGGCAGUGGUGUAAGGAAGAUGAAAUACAUCUGAAGCAAUUUGGCUGGCACCUACAUUAUCAUAGGUAGCAAUUGCUUUUCUCCACUUUAUAGAUGAGAAUGAGGCCCAGGAAGGUUAAGUAACCCAGUUGCCAGGUAACAGUGAAGGUCUGAACCCAGACGCUCCAAUUCAGUCUUGUGCUUUUGCCACUGUGAGGGUGGUUAUCAACCGUGGCUGUGCACCAGAAUCACCUGUGAAGCAUUUUCUUUUUCCAUUUUGAAAAAUCAAAGCAAUAUAUACACUGGUUAGAAAAUAAAAUAGUACAGAAGGGCUUAUCAUGAAAAGCAGCAGUUACCUGCUGCACCCCCAUGUCCAAAGGAUAUGGAGCUCCUUGCUCUGGUCCCACCCCUGGAAAUCUAAUUCAGUAGGUGUGGGUAAUAAUCUGGGUAACUAAUCCCUACCUCACAAGGUAGAAAGCAUUGCAUGAGAUGCAAUGGGCUAAGGCCCUGGUACAUAGGAACACAAGUGCUGUAAAGGAUUUAAAUCCUGAGGUUCAGAGAUGUGAGAUGACUUAUCUGAGAUCCUAGUUGGUUCAGUGAAACCUAGACUUCAGCUGGGAUCUCCUCUGUGCUUGCCCACUGUUUUCCCUUGUGCCAUACUGCCUCCUAUUAUCACAAGGCAACACCUGCUCAGCGAAGGGUGUGCCCAGAGCAGAGCAGAUAGCCUGGUGUGUUUCCAAGAGCAAGCUGGAUUUAGAGUGGAAUCCCUAGGUCUAGGUGAAGGACACUAGAUUGACUUGCUUAUGUUCUGGACCCAAUAGCCUUGGUCUAGGGAGUUGACAUGACAAUCUCUACCUUUAAUUGGUCACUUCUCUCUGGGAAUCACGGUGUUGAGCACCAGGGAUGCAAACACGAGUCAACUCUUUAUCCUGCCUUUGAGGAGCUUACUGUCUCUGGGGAGGCAAAUCAUAAAACAGUGUGAUCAAUGCUCUGAUAGGAACAUGGAUAAAGGAGGAGCAUCUAGCUUAGGUAGAGGUCCAGGGAAGCAUCCUAGUCUAUAAGGUGACACCUGAACUGAGUUUUGAGGAACUGGCAGAAAUUAGCCAGUUGAGGAGGACAUGGAAGCAAUUUCCAGGUAGUGGCAACAGUAGGCACAAAGACCUGAAAACAAGAAUCAGUUAAGCACUUCAGAAAUACUGAAACAUAAGGUUUCCUGUGCUGGGGAAAAGCAGCAGAAAAUGAAGCUGGAGAGGUAGUCGACCAGACCUGAAGAGGGUCGUAGGAGCCUGGCAAGAGCAGAUUUGCCUCAUAAGACAGUGUGGUUCCCAGACUGGCUUUGCACCAGAAACACCUGGAACAUCCUGGACCCCAACCUCUAAAAAGUCAAUUUCCAUAGUUGGGGUGGGGGGCUCAGGAUCUUGAGUGCUUAUAAAGAUAAGCACAUGAGUAGGGUGCAGCCAGGUUUAGGAAUUGUGGGCUGGAGGCUGAGGGCAGCCAUGAAGUACUUUUGAGCAAGGGCGACGUCACAUUAGAUGUGAUUUUAACAAACCCCUUUCUGACCAGCCAGUGUGGAAAUGGAUUAUGUUAGAUGCUCAUGCUGUAUGCUCUUAUGCCUGUAGCUUUCCUGCUGUUCAAUUCUCACACUGUUUUAUAUUUGCUUGUUUUGUCUCUGAAUAAGCUGUAAACACCAUAAGGGUGGUUCUGGGGUUAUCUUGGCUAGUGGUAUAUCCCCAGCAGUAAGCAUGAUGCCUGAGACAAAACAGGUACCCAGUAAAUAGUUUUUGCAUGAAUGAAUGCAUGAAUGAAUGCAUUUGUGAUGGAGAGAAUGGAGACAGAUUAGUUAGGGAACUAUUGAAAAUACCAGGCCUGCUCAAGGGCCAAGGAAGUGGGGAUGGAUUGGAGGUGAUAAGGUGUGAGCUAUCAAGGGAAGAUGAUGAACCAGACUUGAUGACUGAUUAUUGGAUAUGGAGGGUGACUGAGGAUAGAAUGAAUAGCUAAGAUUCCUACCCUAUCUCAGUCACUCUCCUUCCCCAUCCAUCUGAAUCAGAAUCUCCUCCCAGCCUCCUCAGCAACUAGAAUUCCCCUUUCAAGUUAGGUAAACGUUCUGUGUGCUGUGUGGUCUUCCCCCUCCCCCUCCUCCCCCCCCCCGGCCAUUGUUUCAUUCAUCCAGUUCAAUAAAUCUUGGCUGAGCACCUCCUGUGUGCAGUGAGGCUCUUCUAAGCCAGGACUCUGACUCCUUCUUUCCUACCUCAGAUGUUUUUGAGGGCUUCCCCAGAUACAAUUCAUGUCCCUAAUAUACAGUAACCUAAAGGGAGAUGCCCAGAUGUCAGACCUGUAAGGGAACUUACAGACUUUGUCCAACCCCUUCCUGAGACUCAGAGGGGAAGGAACUUGCCCAAGGCCCCACUACUAGGAAGUGUUGGAGCCAGAACUGGAACCUAGAUUCUCUUUCCACAUCAUCCCUAGAGCUUUGAUUUCUCCCAUUGCAGAUCAAGACAGGCAGAGGAGGCCAGGGAGAAGGUAGGACUUAGGUUGUUGGCCCUGAAGGUCGAUGUACUGGACAGGCCAACAAGAAGCUUGCCAAUUACACUGCCCCCUUCUGGAAGCCUUCAGCAGACCUGCCAUGCCCACAGUCCCUUCUAAAGGGUUUCUUAAGCAUGAGUCGCCAUGCUCUGUACCAUGUGACCUCACAAUCCUGGCCACAGAUGUUUAAGUCGGGAUAGCAUCUUACUCAAGGACAGCCAGUUUCUAGGCUGGCUAGUAGCCUGUUAGGUCGACUGACAUAAGAACUCUACUUCCUAGGGAUGGCUUGUGUCAAAUGGCAAUUGUAUGAAACAAUCAGAUCCUUUUUCAGGGAGGCCAAAUUUGAGGCAUUCAGAAGAAGAGAACAAUUAAUUAGAAUUUAGCAAGGCAGAAGUGGUGGUGGAUGAGGGGGUGUCAAACUGAACAGUGAAAGCAAGGAGAAAGCUGCAGAAACCAUGAGACAUAAGAAUGUGGGGCCACAAGGUAGCAGAAGCCAUGAAGCAGCAAGACAAUGGGCCAGAAGGACACACAAGCCAUGAAGCAAUAGGAGCCAUGAUGUAGCAGUAGCCAUGAGGAACAGAAACCAUGAAACAAAACCCUGAAUCUGUAAGAUCCACGAAGCAGCAGAAGGCUUGAACAGACAAGAUCCACGAGGCAGCAGAAGCGAUGAGACUGCAAGAGCCACAAGGUAGCUGGAACUGUGUGGCAGCACGGCAACAGGAAUCAAAGAGGCAGCAGGAUAUACAAGGCAAGCAGAAGUUACAGCACAGAGAAGCCCUGGAUCCAUUGGAACUGAAGCCCCAGAAGCCAGGAAGCUGCAGGAGCCAGGAGGCCCAGAAGCUGUGAGGCUCCAAAGGCCAUAGGCUAGCGAAGAAGAGAGCAGAGAGAAAGUAGUCAGUAGCAGUAGGAGGAGUAUAAAUACAGCCAGAAAGAAGUUGAGUCACCAUUUUGGGAAGCACUAGAGAAGGGAGCAACAGAUGCCUGCAGCUGAGGGGGUGAAAAGAUAAGCCAGGCUCUAGAGCUGCUUUGGAUCAUGAACCAUUUUCAAGUUUCUGUUCUGUGAGGCUGCCUGUGUAGCUGUUUUUGUCUUCCUUAUUUCCCUGUGAAUGCUUCAAUAAAUCUCCAUCACUAA